AUGAAUUUGUUGCUACAGGAUCCUUUCUCUGUUUUGAAAGACUAUCCUGAAAAGCUAGUGCAUACACUAGAAAAUCCUUUGAACACAGAAUGUCUGGAAUUUAGUCCCGGUGGUGAUUAUUUAGCAUUGGGUUGCUCUAAUGGUGCUGUCAUUAUCUAUGAUAUGGAUACUCUUAAGCCCAUAACAAUGCUUGGUAGUAAAUUGGGGGGUCAUGUGCAAGCCGUGAAUUCGGUUUCAUGGUCUGGAUGUGGAAGAUAUUUGAUUACUACAUCACGAGAUUGGUUUAUUAAAUUAUGGGAUUUAGCUAAACCUGGAGAACCUUUGAAAGAAGUUUUAAUGAGUUCCUCCGUAUGGAGUUGUUGCUGGGUAGAUGAAAGUAAAUUCACAGCUGUUGCAACUGUAUUUGAAGAAAAGGACGCCUUCUAUAUUGACUUUCACACUGAGUUGAGUUCACCAUCCGUCUUACCUGUUGUUACACAAAAUAACGAAGAUUCAUCAGGAAAUAAAGGUUAUGUACUAGUCGCAUUACCUCAUCCCAAACAUCGAGAUAUCAUUGUCGUAGGUUCAUCAAAAGGAUGGCUCACAUUCUAUCAAGUAAAAUGUACAUCGGUUGUAGAAUUUAACAUAAUCAAGGAAGAAAGGGUGGCUGCCUCAAAUGUGAAGCAUAUAAUAAUCUCGAACAAUGGUGAUAGAUUAGCUACAAGUUCAGCAGAUAGGACAAUACGACAAUUUUCUAUGAAAAUUGGAUAUAGUGAAGAUAACGAGAAUCUCUCAAUCGAACUAGAACAAGAAUGUAAGUACCAAGAUGUUAUCAAUAAACUGCAAUGGAAUUGUAUCUUCUUCAGUAAUAAUUCAGCAGAAUAUCUUGUUGCUUCCGCUCACGGUUCUUCUGCUCACGAGCUGUACAUUUGGGAAACUGGCGCGGGCACAUUAGUUCGCGUUCUAGAGGGAGCAGAAGAGGAACUUAUGAAUAUCAGCUGGAAUUUUAAUAAUAUGUGCAUUGCUUGUAAUGGAUUUGAAACUGGUAGUAUAUAUAUAUGGUCGAUUGUAAUUCCUCCUAAAUGGAGUGCACUGGCACCAGAUUUUGAAGAAGUUGAGGAGAAUGUCGAAUAUGAUGAAAAAGAGGAUGAAUUUGAUCAAGUUGAUCUUGAUGAACAAAGACAAGAGAUGACAGAAGCAGAAGAAGUACCUAUUGAUUUGGUCACACCAGAACAAUUUGAUGUAAGGUGUAAUGACUUGUCUAAAAGGUAUUUUACGAUUCCGAUGGAUUACCAACAUAUCUUAUUACUUAAAUCCUCAAACAUGAUGACAGAUGAUAUUUAA